AUAAGUUGUGUGAUUACGCCAGAGCGCAGGGGCAGCCCACCUCUCAGCGCUCAGCGCUCAGCGGAGAGACGAGCACAGACAGCCGAGAGACGAGGCAGAGGCAGCCGCUGACGGGCGGAGGCAGCGGCGAGCAGACCAGGCUUUCUGAAGAAAUCCCAAAAAAUCGUCGUAAAAGCGCCAUGUCCUCGCCCUCAGACGAAAAGGCCGAGCUCUCCUCUCGGAUCUUGGCAUCAGAACAACUGAAGAAGACGUGAUGGAAGGAUAGUCAGCUCCAGACAUUAACGAUGGGAUCGUAGUCUGCGCAACUCCAGAGAUGGAUGAAGCGAAGGAAUUGAAGGAUGCCUAAGACUCUGCCGCUGAAGACAUCAGGAGGACUGUACUAAGAAAAGAAGAAGGCUUGACCCCCUACUGGACAAUCGAAUGGAGACUACAGCUUUAUCAGGAAGAUGGCGGCUCUGAUUUUGCUUUUGGAUUUGUAAUGACAGAACCUUGAUGUAAUUUUGCCUGCUGUGGUGCACUUGUUCUUAGGACAAAUGUGUUUUCAGUGUUGUUUUUCCAAUGUUUUAACAGUGUUAUGUUGCAACUUUCUAUUGUUUCAGCCAAUAUGUCCAUCCUGUAUGUAUGUAUGCUCACUCGAACAUUCUACUUUUCAUUUAACUAAAUAAAACUUCUAGUUUUUAAACGAUUCUGACUCGCUCUCAUUGGAGGGGGAAAUGCUUCGAUAACCUGACUUAAACCUUUCUUCUUUGCAAAAGUCAAUGUCCGACCAACUUUUUCAAAGUUUUUCCAACGAUUGCCGUGAUGGUUUUCACCUGCUUAACAGUUCUGUGUGGCUUUCUGAACUACGCUGGUCUAAGAGACGACAUCAUUUACGUAAGGUUUUACGUAAGCCGUUCGUUCUUGGCUACUUUUAAAUCAUCUCCGUCUAAUCUCAAACCUAUUCCUAAAUUCCUAUUAAACCAGCAAAAACGGGUAACCGUUUUGGUGUGGCUUGAAUUCCGUCGGCCUAGAGGUGAACGAUCAUGCUAGCCCAUCCUGUCUGCGAUUGUUAAAAUUUCCAAAAGUCCAACUUCCGUGUCUCCAUGAACCAAAUCGGUCUAGAAAAUUAGACCCAACGGUCAGUUCCAAACUCGCUACGGUCAGACUAAGCUUGCGGCGUCCAAGCCUAGAAGCCCUCGUUCUUACUCGGCCGUUCAAAUAAAGCUGAAAACGACUUCAUAAGUUGAAAUGCAACCUCGACGCACGUUCCUGGCUUUAGACCUUCUUAUGCUGCCAGCUUUCAACGAUAUUCCCUGCAGCUGUUGUAGAAAUAUGAAAGAAUUAUGGUGUGAAAAUGACUACUUUUUUUUUUGCCACGGUGGUCCAGUCGGUCUUAAACUCAACCUGAAGUCUAAGCUCAACCUCAGGGCUUAUGUGAAGAGUUAGAUGUGCUCUAAAAUGGUGUCCCAUGCAGUCCAACGGUCUAAAAUGGCUCCUGAUAUCGCGUUUCCUCUCUGAGCAGGAAGUGAUGGCUUACUGAAAUCAUUUGUUUUAAACCCCUGAGAACAAGUCUUAUGAGCUGCAGCCUCGCGGUGGGCUCGGGGCGGCAUGUGCGUCCUUUAGGUUGGCCUGAGAUCUUUAGUGGAAGUGUGUUGGUGAAGUAGUUUUAGUUUAAAAUAAAGGGGGCGGGUCUUCAGUGCAUCACCUGAGUCCGGGCUAAAUGGAGAGAACGUCAAUCAGAGGCUGAAGCUCUCAGAGCUGGGAAGGAGCUGUAGAUGGCGGAUGAGCCUUGGGAAAGGGAACGCGCUGAGCCUCGCCGGGCGCUCUGGAGCACUUCUCUCUCAACUUUCUCCAACUUCCACUCUCGCGUUAGGGCUCGUAUUUAAGCGGGGUUGAUUCGUGUGUUCGGUGGGGGGAUGUAGAAACGUCCGUGCGUCGUUUUCGCGGCUUUGUUUCGUCGAGAGAAAACCAUGUACUGCUUUAGCGUAGAGGAGACAGUCGUUGUUUUCUCUGCCUUGCGCUGGCAGCCAUGGCGGUCCUCCAUUUUUAGUGCGCCGCGCAAGGCGCUUUAGAUCCUCCACUCUCCAUUCAAAAGGCCACCGCCGGAUUUCUUUCUUUCUUUUUCUCCUUUUUCUAAUAAUACUCCGUUUUGUAUUUUCAUUCGAGGUUGUCGGAACCUGUUUUUUUAUUAUUAUUAUUAUUUUUCUUGCCGGACUAUUAAAUCGACCUUUUUUCCCGGCCGCUACAUUUCCCUACGUGUCUGUGGAAUAGGUAUGUGUACACUGUAUAUCAAUGUAAUCGGUUGUUUUCUGCUUUUAUCAUCUUUUUAAUCGUCCUUUGUCUGAUGACGCAGUAAGAAUUUAUGCAUGUGGCUGUGCUGGAUCUGUUGCAUUGAAAGUCUAUCGACGUAUGUUGUUUGACGUCGAUCGGCACCGAGCAGGUGUCACGUAAUUCCUCGCUGUUUAGAGCUUAAUGUUUUUCUGUUAAAACGCAUUUCUUCUCAAAUGUGUAAAUCGAGGCUGUUUUUCUGCUGUGUCGCAACGGGAGGACCUUUUCUGUCCUUAAAGCUAAAGCAAGCCGAUGGGACUUGUAUGAUGGUUCACCCCACUUUCAACUUUUGACAGUUAAUACCUGGACUAACGACCACCGUUAACAAAAAGCUCAAAGGCAAAACGAUGAUGACCAACAAGAACAAAAAACAAGGAGACGACGGCUCAACUCGGAGCAAUGCUUCAAGCAACUCUGCGUCAGAGGAGUCAAACCACUCCGGCUCGGAGUCAGCCAGUCAGUCGGAGAGUGAACAGGGCAGUGAGCGAGCACGGUCCCACCACUCCGAGUCCAACAGCUCAUCUGAGUCAGAGAGCCACUCCGAGUCUGGGAGUGAGUCUGCUGGCUCCAAGACCCGCCAGGCAGAAACAGAUGAGCAUGAUCCCAAAGACAAACGUAUUAAGAAGAAGGAUCUGGCAGACGUAAAGAAGAUGUGGGAGCAACAUCCAGAUGUUUACGGUGUUAGAAGGUCCAACCGGAGCAGAACAGAGCCAGCUCGUCUGAACAUUGGAGCAGAGGGCAGCAGUGAGUCUGAGAGCGAGAGCCCUAAAAGAAAAGGAUCCCAGCAGAAAAAGAGACAAAAUAUCUGGAAAGAUGAUGACUCAAACGACGAGGAUGAUGAUGAUGAUGAGGAAGAGGCCAGCAGUUCAGAGAGUGAGCAGGAAGAAAAAAAAGUUAGAUCCAGACGACUUGCUGCUAGAAGACCUCAGACCAAAUCCACAGCCAAGCAGCAUCAGUCUCCAAAGGGACGGAAACAAAGAAAGCAGGAGUCGUCGGAAGAGGAGGAAGAUGAUGAUGACGACGAUGAGGAUGACGAGGAGGAUACUCCAAAGAGACAGACCCGUCGCAGGGCAGCUACUAAAGUUAGUUAUAAGGAGGACCAGAACGAUUUUGAGACGGACUCGGAUGACCUGAUCGAGAUGGCUGAGGGGACAGAGGAUAUGCAGGAUGAUGACAGUGAGACCAUUGAGAAGGUCGUUGACACCAGGGUUGGUAGGAAGGCAGCUACUGGAGCUACCACCACUCUUUAUGCUGUAGAGGCCAACGGCGACCCUGGAGCCGAUUUUGACCCAGAGAAGGAGGAAGGAGAGACUCAGUACUUCAUCAAGUGGAAGGGCUGGUCCUACAUCCACAACACAUGGGAAAGUGUAGAUUCUCUCACCCAGCAGAAAGUCAAAGGGAUAAAGAAGCUGGAAAAUUUUAAGAAGAAGAAUGAUGAGCUUAAUGCUUGGUUGAGAAGGGCAUCACCUGAGGAUUUGGAAUAUUACAACUGUCAGCAAGAGCUAACCACUGAUCUGAACAAGCAGUUUCAAAUAGUGGAGAGAGUCAUUGCAACAAAAACCGGGAAAUCACAGGUGCCCUCUGAUUUUCCCUCACACAAGACCACUUCCAAUGAGCCAGAGUACUUGUGUAAGUGGAUGGGUCUGCCCUAUGCUGAAUGCACAUGGGAGGAUGGUACUUUAAUAGGAAAAAAGUUCCAGUCUUGUAUAGAUAGUUUCAACAACAGGAAUGUCUCUAAAACCAUCCCCUCCAAAGACUGCAAGGUGUUAAAACAGAGGCCUAGAUUUGUGGCUCUAAAGAAGCAGCCAUCUUACAUCGGGGAUGAGAACUUGGAGCUGAGAGACUAUCAGUUAGAUGGGGUGAACUGGCUAGCCCACUCCUGGUGCAGGUGUAACAGUGUUAUAUUAGCAGAUGAGAUGGGCCUGGGGAAGACCAUCCAGACCAUUUCCUUUCUCUCCUACCUGUUCCAUCAGCACCAGCUGUACGGCCCCUUCCUAUUGGUGGUGCCCCUGUCCACGCUCACUUCUUGGCAGCGGGAGUUUGUUACCUGGGCACCUGACAUGAAUGUUGUGGUCUAUUUGGGGGACGUCUUGAGCAGGAAGACGAUUCGUGACUAUGAGUGGAUCCACCAGCAGAGCAAAAGAAUCAAGUUCAAUGUGCUUUUAACUACAUAUGAAAUUUUAUUAAAGGAUAAGGGUGUUUUGGGGAACAUAAACUGGGCCUUUCUUGGGGUGGAUGAAGCUCACCGGCUGAAGAAUGACGACUCGCUGCUAUACAAAACACUGAUCGAUUUCAGGUCAAACCACAGGCUGCUUAUCACUGGGACCCCGCUGCAGAACUCGCUCAAAGAGCUGUGGUCCCUUCUGCACUUUCUGAUGCCUGACAAAUUUGAGUCCUGGGAAGAUUUCGAGGACGAGCACGGUAAAGGCAGGGACAACGGCUACCAGAGUCUUCAUAAAGUGCUAGAGCCCUUCCUACUGCGUCGUGUCAAGAAGGACGUGGAGAAAUCCCUGCCUGCCAAAGUGGAGCAGAUCCUCCGAGUGGACAUGUCCGCCCAGCAGAAACAGUUCUAUAAGUGGAUUCUCACAAGGAAUUAUAAAGCCCUCCAAAAAGGCACCAGAGGAAGUUCUUCAGGCUUCCUUAACAUUGUCAUGGAGUUGAAGAAGUGCUGUAACCAUGCCUUCCUUAUCAAGCAUCCAGAGGAGGUAGAAAACGAGAGUUCACAGGAGCGCUUACAGACCACGGUGCGAGGCAGCGGGAAGCUCGUCCUCCUGGAUAAACUCCUGACCCGGCUGAGGGAACGGGGCAACCGCGUGCUCAUCUUUUCUCAGAUGGUCCGUAUGCUGGACAUUCUGGCUGACUACUUGGCCAUGAAACACUAUCCAUUCCAGCGCUUGGACGGUUCUAUCAAAGGAGAGCUCCGGAAACAAGCACUCGACCACUUUAAUGCUGAGGGUUCUGAGGACUUCUGUUUCCUCUUAUCCACUCGUGCUGGAGGCCUGGGCAUCAAUCUAGCCUCAGCUGAUACCGUGGUAAUCUUUGACUCAGACUGGAACCCACAGAACGACCUGCAGGCACAGGCCAGAGCCCACAGAAUAGGCCAGAAAAAACAAGUAAAUAUUUAUCGUCUGGUCACCAAAGGGACUGUAGAGGAGGAUAUUAUUGAAAGGGCUAAAAAGAAGAUGGUUCUAGACCAUCUUGUCAUUCAGAGAAUGGACACCACUGGGCGAACGGUCCUGGAUAAUAGCUCAGGAAAUUCAAAUUCAAACCCUUUUAACAAGGAGGAGCUGACAGCCAUCUUGAAGUUUGGCGCAGAAGAGCUCUUUAAAGAGCCUGAAGGGGAAGAGUCAGAGCCACAGGAGAUGGACAUUGAUGAGAUUUUGCGGCUGGCUGAGACCAGAGAGAGUGAUCAAGGUUCCAGCGCAACAGAUGAGCUCCUGUCCCAGUUUAAGGUGGCCAACUUCACCAUGGAUGAGAGCGCUCCAGAGCUCGAGGAGAAACCCGUGAGGGACUGGGAUGACAUCAUUCCUGAAGACCAGCGGCGACGGGUGGAGGAAGAGGAGAAGAAGAAAGAGAUGGAGGACAUCUACAUGCUGCCCAGGAGCAGGAGCUCCAAUAAAAGAGCGCAGGCUAAUGACAGCGACAGCGACGUUGGCUCAAAGCUCAAACUCAAGAACCGUUCCUCAGGCUCGGAGAGUGAAACAGAUGACAGCGAUGAUGACAAGAAGCCAAAGCGGAGAGGCCGACCGCGUGCACGCAAGAACAACGUGGAGGGCUUCACUGACGCAGAGAUCCGCAGGUUCAUAAAGGCUUAUAAGAAGUUUGGAGCCCCACUUGAGAGGCUGGAGGCCAUUGCACGAGACUCUGAGUUGGUGGACAAGUCCAUAGCAGACCUAAAGAGACUGGGAGAGCUUGUUCACACCACAUGUGUGACUGCAAUACAGGAGCAUGAGGAGCAAAUGAAGGAGAACCCCACAGAAGCCAAAGGUCCAGGGAAAAGACGUGGCAUCAACAUCAAGAUCUCGGGGGUUCAGGUGAAUGCCAAGUCCAUCAUCCAGCACGAGGAAGAGUUUGAGCCUCUUCACAAAGCUGUGCCCUCCAACCCUGCCGAGAGGAACAAGUUUCAGCUGACCUGUCGUGUGAAAAUUCCUCAUUUUGAUGUGGACUGGGACAUCCAUGAUGAUACACAGCUGUUGCUGGGCAUCUAUGAGCAUGGCUACGGCAACUGGGACCUGAUCAAGACUGAUUCUGACCUUAAGCUUUCAGAAAAGAUACUUCCAGAUGACCCUGCCAAGAAACCACAAGCAAAACAGUUACAGAUGAGAGCAGACUACUUGUUGAAGAUGCUGAAGAAGGACCUGGAGAACAAAGAUGCAUCCAAAGCAGGAGAGGAGACCAAGGUAAAGAAGAGGAAACCACGAGUAAAGAAGGAGAACAAGGCCCCAAAAGACGAGCUAGCCAAUGAAAUCUCUUCUCCCCGUCUGUCUGAUAUCCCUUCUGAGGAAGGCGAAGUGAAGGAUGACGGAGCUGAGAAAUCCCCCACAAAGAAAAAACAGAAGAAGAAGGACAACAAAGAGAACAAAGAGAAGCAGGGAGCUCAGAAGAAAGAGAAGGAGGGCGACAAAGACAAAAAGCGCUCCAAGCUCAAGAAAGAUAAGGCCAAACCAGCAGGCAAAGGCAAGAAGGCUCAGGGUCCGGUGCACAUUACAGCAGGCAGUGAGCCUGUCCCUAUUGGAGAGGAGGAUGAUGAUGAACUGGACCAGGAAACCUUCAGCAUUUGUAAAGAGAGGAUGAGGCCGGUGAAGAAGGCUCUGAAGCAGCUGGAUAAGCCAGAUGAAGGCCUGUCCGUGCAGGAGCAGCUACAGCACACCAGAGCCUGCCUGCUGAAGAUUGGAGACCGCAUCACUGAGUGCCUUAAAGCCUACAGCGACCCGGAGCAUGUCAAGACUUGGCGCAGAAAUCUCUGGAUCUUUGUGUCCAAGUUCACCGAGUUUGGAGCCAGGAAACUGCACAAGCUGUAUAAAAUGGCCCAGAAGAAGCGAUCCCAGGAGGAAGAGAAAGAGCAAAAGAAGAAAGAUGACCCCACCAGGAAGAAGCCUUUCCGGCCUGAACCGUCUGGAUCGAGUCGUGACUCCACCGGGACUCAGUCUUCAACUAAGCCCCAUGCACCUCAGAACCAUCCCACUGGGCCGCCAUCUCACUCCCACCACCGUGAACCCUACAAUCAGUCCAAUAAGAGACACUUCCCUAAUGAUGAUCGGGGAGAAUGGCAGAGGGAGCGUAAAUACAACUACCCUGGUAACAGCAACCAGUCCUGGCAAGGUGACCGCCAUCACCCUUACGACCCUCACAGGUACAAGGACCAUCACUAUGGUGACCGACGGCCACAUGGGGACUCUUACCGCAACCCUGGAGGCUACCGGAACAGUGGCUCUCCCCGCAAACGCCCCUAUGACCAGUAUGGCAACGACCGCGACCACCGGGGUCAUCGUGACUAUUAUGAUCGACAUCCGGACCCCAAGAGGAGGCGAUCAGACGAGUACCGCUCACCGAACUACCACCAGGGCAGUGGAGGAGGAGGCGGGGGAGGAGGAUAUUCUCAGGACUUCAGGAGGAUGCCUGAUCACAGGGGCAUCCCUGGGAACCACGGCCAAAUGGGGCCUGACCACUACCGGCCAUUUCACCCAGACAAGCCCCCUCCUGUUAUAGACCCUCGCUCCCCUCAAGCACAGAAAUCCCCACUCGAAUCCCUCUCGCCCCUUGAGAGGACUGCAGAGCAGAAACCCGGGACAGACCUCAACUGGAACAACAGGAAGACAUGAUUCAGGUGAGCGCUCCAAGCAGGGACGGUCCACGCUGCUCAGUGGACACUGCAGGGAGGACACCUUUCUUCUGGCCCUUAUGGGCAAAACUGGGCCGUCUUUACCAGCCACCAACAAAUCCCUUCCUACAGCUAUAUGUCGAGCUCUGCCAGUGUUGUCCUGAGCUCAAUUCUGGAUGUAAAAGGAAGCUUGAAAUGAGGAAAAGGAACGGCGAAAGCUGUUAGUCCUAUGGACUAUUACGUGAAUGAACUUACUAAAGCCUUUGAAGUAUGACCGAGUUUGAAGCGUGAAAGUGCCUCACGUAUUUGGCCUCUUUUUUCUUUUUUUGGAAAGUCAUUAGUAGAAAAGGGAGUAUUCCCAAAGCAAACAUUACUUUGAUGUUUUUCAUUUUCUUUUUUUGUUGGUUUGUUUUGUGCAGAAUAAAGGAUUAUUCCGUGAACAUAGCCUUUAUGGGGGGUGGGGGUGGGGGCUAAAUCACAGCACCUUUAGGUUUUAAUUCAUCUGUCUUUUUUUUUUUUUUUUUUUUUAGAUGUUUUGAUCAUGUAUUGGGUUAAUCUUGGAUUAAUUUGCACCUGCCCUUGUAUCAAGCUGAUAGGAAAAAUGGAUGUUAGAAGUUGUAACUACAUGUACAUGUACUCCUGUUUUGGGACUUAUGAAAUCUUUAAUUAGUAUAAAAAAAAAGUACAACAUUCGCAGCAAUGGACAGCACAGAUGACUGAAUUAGCCGACUGCUAGGCUAUGUAAUCCAGUCUGUGAAAUUAAGGCUGGACACAAAUUCCAGGUCAAUACAGGCCUUGUUGUCAGAACACUAGCUAACUAAAGCCCAAAAGCUGUAUUUUUCUAUAGUUUUAAGCUGAAAUUUCCAUCUUCAUGUUUCCGACAUUUCAGUGAGUAUAGGCUAAUGAUUGCUAAUGGCAGAUUUUUGUAUUGCACUACAAGUAUUGGACUCUACAUCUCCAGCCACUCACAGAAUAAAACAAUGGACAAUAUUCCUCAUUAAUAUUUUUUCCUUAGUGUGAGUAUGCUGAAAUGUUUGAUAUGUUUGACCUUUAAAUGGAAAUGCUGGCACUGAGAGUGUUGGAACAGAAGGGAGCGGGAAUGUCAAGCUAUUUUGGGUUCACCCGUUCCAAUGCCAAAAAACAGACGGGAGUGCUGGUACAUGAUAUUGUUGGGGUUCUCUUUUCCCUUUUUUUUUUUGUUUGUUUCCCUCCAUCUGUGCCUUAUUCUUGUGUCUAAGGAAUCUCCGGUGGCAUUUUCGUGGUCUUUAAUGACAGAGACUGUGCAGUAUUAGGCUGUGGUGUUGUGAUAGACAUUGAGGUGAAGAGUUGGCGAUGAGCGGGGAACAAUAUGGCAGGCCGUGCUGGGAGGACCAUUGUUCUUCUUCAGAGGAACCGAGUUGUGUUAGGAGUCACAGCCUCUCCCUCGUUCUGCAGCUCUAGCCUGCACUUCACGGACCUGUGUUCAUUCUUCGAGACAAGCCAAUUAAAGUAAUUUAUAUUUGUGAAAAAAGAAGCCACUGUUCAGAUGAACUAUGCUGUACAUACUGUUUAUAGACCUAUAUGUAUUAAACUUUCCUACGUCAUGCAGUUCC